AUGAACGCCUUCCCCUCCGAGCUGCUCCACCAUCACUUUGCGUGUAUGGUCGUAGCAGGACUGACCUCACCCUCCCCCAAACCAAAUCCACCACCAACACCUGCCUCGGAUGGAGCAUCCACUUCGACCUCCGAAGCCGCACCACCAGGCCACCCCACCGUCCUGUUCCCAGACCUCACCAAAUCACUCCAUGACAUCCUCGCUUCGCGCGGUCGCAACACUCUCUGGCACCCAGCUCGAGGUCGGGCCGCCGUAUUCCACACUGUCUUUGCCGACCAUUCGUUCCGUCUGCCGCCGCUGAAAACGAAACCUUCAGCACGUCAUGUCCCACCGCUCCCCAGCAUCACUUCUGGCUCCACCUCCACGCCUUCAGAAGCGAGCAUAGCUGCGUUCUCCAGUCUGCCACCACGGUCUCCCUUGUCGCCACUGCAUCCCAACUCGCCUCAAUUUCCAGAUGGGUUGAUUGCGCCAGUAUGGGUGAGAAAGCAUCGAGAGCUGAUCCCUUCGGUGUUUGUCUCUUUCCACACGCUUCCCAGCGCCUCAGAGCCAGAUGGACUCAAAACAGCAGACGAGGGCCUCAUCAAGACGAUCUCCGAACGCAGACGCACACUCGCAGAACGAGGCAUCAAACUCACUCUCGUACUCCUAACCGAAAGAGAGAUGCUAGAUGAUCCGCAGCUCGAAGCUAGAUUGAGCUUCAUUCGACGUAGUAGCGGGUUAGAUUCCAGGGCGAGUCUCUUCGUUCUCACCCCCGUCAGCAGAGCAGAGUUAGGGGAGUUUGUAGCAAGUUUACAUACUGCUCUAUUCGAACAUGCUGCAGAUUUCUACCGAGAACACGCACGAAGGGUUAAGCGUAAGAGGACAAGAUAUCCUCCACCGCCAUCUACAUUGCAGCCUAUAGCAAAUGCUAUCUCCACCCUCCCCACCCCUUCCACCUCAACCAAGCCGAUCGGAGUGAACGACAUCCCCUGGCUCAGUCGAGAAGCUUGGAUUCUCCGCUCAGAGUACAAGUUGGCUGUUUUCGCAGAACUUUCAUCCGACAUCCAAGAAGCUCUUGUUCGCUAUCGAGGAGCUUAUGAUCUCCUAUGCACCUCCCCGACCGCUCUUUUGGGAUCGACACUUAUGCUGCCACCUAGGACGAAAAGGUGGGCAGAGGCAAAGGUGCUGGCAGACACACUUGCUAUUCGUAUAUGCAAGCUCCUACUAUACUCAGAUGAUGGGGAGGGAGCAGCGAUAUUCUUUAGAAGACAUUUGACGAGGUUUACAGAGUUGAGUACAGGCUGGGGGAUCGGUACAUCGACAUUCGAGUACUGGAGUUGGCUUUCUAAGCAGUACAAGCUUUUUGGGCAACUGAUAGAGCAUGCGACGCGGAGUGUACACGGUGCUCCACUACCGCCGUUUCAGCUGCCACAACAUGCUCCACCCCUCCCAUCUAGGCUACUCCAUCCCGAUGCGGUAGGCAAAGUCGGUGGAGGGGGCGAAGGAAUGCUAUUACCCAACUCCAACGCAGUUGCUGUCUCCAUCUCUCCCUACUCCACCCUGCAGACCGCCGGCGCCUACUACCUGCUCGCUGCGCUAUGCACCGUUGAACGUCGCAUACGCUUCCUCCGCGCCUCUACUAUCCCCUCUUGGAACCAGGAAGAGGAAAACACCCCACUCGCACACGAAAAAAAGGUAGACCAUACAGCACAACUCACCGAAUCGCUCACAAAGUCAUAUGACGCAUUCAAACGCGCCCGACUCCACCGAUCCGCACUCUUCGUAGCAUCACGUAUCGCGACGGCGUACCACGAUGGAGGACAGCACAGAAUGGCACUCAAGUUUUUGGAAAGGAUAUUGAAGAGUUAUGCAAGGGAAGAGGUGCGGGAGGUGAAAGCAGGGCUGGUUGAGGUUGCCGUUGAGGCGGCGGUGGUGGAAGCGGAUGGGAGGAUGGCGACAAAGAUGUUGAUCGAGGUUGUGGACGAGAGGUUGCCGAUGGAUGAGCCGAGGAGGGAGGGGUUGGUGCGUGCGAUAAAGAGUUUUCUACAGCAGCAGAGCCGGAAUCAGGAGGGUGGGCAGGAGAAUGGAGAGGAGAAUGGAGAGGAGAAUGGAGAGGAGAAUGGAGAGGAGAAAGAAGGUGGUGUAGGGGUGGUGAGUGCAGGUUUUGUAGGGGUAGAAACGGUAUGGCCGGUAUCAGAGGUUGAGGUUGGUGCCGAGGUUGCUUUUCAGGUUGUGCUUAGGAAUGGGUCGGGUUUUGAUCUGACGGAUGUGUUGCAAGUGGAAAAGAUGUCGGUCGAGAUAGAGAAUGGAGAGCAGACGAAUACUGUUCAAGUGACUGCCAGCAAUAGUUCCUCCGCCGACGCAGCCCCUGUGAUCAUCGACCUGGGCAAAAUCACCUCCAACACAACAACGCAAAUCGCAGACCUGACCCGCAUCUUGACCCAUAAUGGAAGCGUCGCAAUCCAAGCCACCCUCCCCGCUACUUCCGAAGGCUUCAUCCGCAUCACCUCCAUCAACCUCCACGUUGGCACCACUACCACCAACAAGCUUGCCCUCACUCUCGACCUCGCCCUUCCCAACGCCACUGACGAUGAGCCAAUCCAACCACGAUGGCUCCUCCCUUCCGGCCGAAGAAUCACGCUCGCACAGCGACCAGACUCAUGUUCGACACGGGUCAAACCAAGAUCGUUCAACGUCUCCCUCACGGCCACAGCUCCGUUUGAGGCGGGGUACGUUGAUGAAGCGAUCCCAAUCAGCAUUUCCCUGGUCAACAAGGAGAAAGAGGCGGUGCUGUGCUGGAUCGAUGCUAUCCUGCAGCCUAGUUACGAUGGUGCACACGACACACUGUCUCCCUCCAAGCAUGAAGAUAGUGGGCCGGGGCAGAAAGUGGAACGGCUAAGCACGGGAAAGAUUGAAGCGGGAAGGAAGAGCGAAAAUGUGAUCUGGUUAAGGCCGAGACAAGGGGCGGGGUUGCGGACUGUGGAUGUGAGUGUGGGUGUGCGAGUUGCAAGAGAUGAAAGAGAUGGAGAGGGGGAGCGAGUGGCUGUUAGUGCGAGUAGGAGUAUGGUUCUUCCUAUUGCGGCGCUGGUGGAUGCUAAGGCUUGGACGAAGACCACUGACGCUAAGAGAGAGGGUGCAGUUGGGAAGAGAGAGAAGGCCUUGUUGGAUUUCGAUAGCGACAGCAGUGAGGAAGAUGAAGCAUCGGAGAAGGCUGAGGUUCGAACUGGGUUAGAGGUUGCGAUGAUAGGUCAAGUUCCUGUGCACAUCUCCACGGUUGAGCUGGUCUCAGCAAAAAACGUGAUCCCCUCCUCCUCCGACAUUGCUGCUGCAGAAGAAGCGGCACUUGGAGAAUGGAUCCUCGACGACCGCUUCUCUUUCUCCCGUAUGCUUCCCUCCACCACCCGCGAUCUCUCAUGGCGCAUCACUUGGACUCGCACACCAACCUCGGAACCAAACACGACACUCAUCCCCGUCCCCCUACCCACUCAGCCCUCCUCAUCCCCCUCGCCACAAAACAUGAGGCCAAGUCUAAGCCUAACCCUCAACCACAGGCCAAUCUCGCGUCUACACUACCCAUUCAACCUCUCCCUAAGCGUCACCAACCAUAAUCGCACACGCUCAUACAAACUCGUCCUCACCCUGGACUCUGAUCCGAACUUUACCAUCGCCGGCAUUCGCCGUCUGAGCAUACCAUACUUGCUACCGGGCCAGACGAGAAGGUGGGAGCAUCUGGCUAGGUUUGUCCCGCAGUGUGUAGGCGAGUUGAAGUUACCCAAAUUGAGCCUUACAGUGCUGGAUCCACAAGCUGGGAUAGGGCAAGAGAGUGCGACGUUGGCGGUGAUGCAUUCACACGACGAGCGCCGUGUAGAUGAUGGUGGGUGGAGCGAUGUUGUCAAGUUUAGAUGGGAGAGUGCGGGUGGGGGGAAGGUUUUGGUUUGCAUUUAG